CGGGUGCGUUAUUACCGAAAUGAAGGCUACUACUCCCGUCCGCCCCCAGAAGGACACCUCAAGCAGCAGCGGCAACGAGCUUUCUUUACACUACCUCUCGGAUCACAGCCUGAACAUCGCCCGGUCUCGGUUGCAGGAAGAAGAGCAGCUGUGUCUGCAGGACGAUAUGAACCAGUGUUACAGUCGCCUCAAGCGCCUCGUACCCACCAUACCGCAGGAUAAGAAAGUCAGCAAAGUGGAGAUCCUUCAGCACGUGAUAGAUUACAUCUUGGACCUGCAGCUCGCGCUGGAGACGCACCCUUCUCUCCUGAAACAACAGACGGGGACCAUGACGGGGACGUGCCCGCCGUCCCCAGCCUCUAACCGGACACCACUAACGGUUCUCAACACAGACCACCAG